AUGAUGGCGAGCAAGCCGACCCGUCUGCGGGCUCUAUCUCUGUACAAGGAGCUGCAUAGACUGGGAAGAGAUUACCCUGAUCCUGCGUAUAACUUCCACGGGAAGCUUCGUGGGCUGUUCGACAAGAACAGGGCUCUGGAAGAUCCCAAGGAGAUUGAGAAGGCGAUCAAGCUUGGGGAGUACAUUCGUAAUGAGACCCUUGCUCUGUACAAAUUGCGGAAAUAUCGAUACCUCAAGCGGAUGUAUCCAGAGCAUUCCUUCUCUGACUCGUUCUCGGAGACUUUGGUGCCUCAGCCAUCGCAUUCAUCGCAUUGA